UAAAUUUAUGUGUUUAAGCCGUUUAAGUAUAUUUUAUAGUUUUUACAAGGGAGGCAAAUGCAUUUGUUUUGCUUUAUCUAACAUGAAUGAACGUUAUUUUUUUGUGAGAAAAGCACAUCCAAAACACAUGAGUAACAGAAAAGGUGCGUCUCAUUUUACGAAUUCGAGCGAUGAGAGCUUUCUAGCGUGGAAAAAACACAAUGGAACUCAGGUGAAAGUGAAACUAAGGAUAAAGUGUCCGAACACAGAGAAAAACUCCUGGUGAAGCAACUGAGAUCCCCCUCAUACAGUGUUAUCAAGAUGGCGUUUAUUAAAGUGGAGAGUGAAGAAAUGAAGGUUGAAGAAAUAAUCAUAGUGAAACAAGAAGAUACUGAGGAACAAAUGGACCUGAUGGCAUUGAAAGAGGAGACUGAGGUACUGAAUGAAAUGGAAGAGAAAAAUCAGUAUGAGAAACAUCAUGAUUUCAUUACUGGAAAUAAAGAAUCCACAAUGACUGAAAAGACUUCCGCACGAAAAAGAGGUCAGAAGUCCGAAUCUAACAGUUUCUUUAAAUGCUUCCAGUGUGGAAAGAAUUUAAAUUCAAAACAAAACCUUGAAGUCCACAUGAGAAUUCACACUGGAGAGAAGCCUUUCACCUGCCAACAGUGUGGAAAAAGUUUCACUCAAAACCAAAACCUUAAAGCCCACAUGAGAGUUCACACCGGAGAGAAGCCUUACACUUGCACUCAAUGUGGACAGAGUUUUACACAUAAAGGAAACCUAAAUGCCCACAUGAGAAUUCACACUGGAGAGAACCCUUUUACCUGCAAUGUGUGUCUAAAGAGCUUUUCACGAAAAGAAAGUCUUAAUACUCACAUGAACAUUCACACUGGAGAGAAGCCUUGCAUAUGUAAUCAGUGUGGAAAGAGAUUCAGUUGUAAAGAAACCCUUCAAUGCCACAUGAGGAUUCACUCAGGAGAGUAUUGUUUUAUAUGUCCUCAAUGUGGAAAGAGUUUCAGUCAUAAAAGAAGCCUAAGCACUCACAUUAGACUUCACAGUGGAGAGAAGCCUUUCAUCUGCCCUCAUUGUGGAAAGAGUUUCACACUUAAAGGAAAUCUUCAGACUCACAUGAGGCUUCACACUGGAGAGAAGCCUUUCAAAUGUCUUCAGUGCGAGAAGAGAUACACAUAUCAAAGGGACCUGAAAAUUCAUUUGAAAACUCACGGAAUUGUGAAAUUCUGAAUGUGAUGAGGCUUUGAGACUUUCUGUUUUCUUCAUGUACACAUAACACUACUGACUCCCUCUAAUUUCGUUUGUACACCGAUCAGGCAUAACAUUAUGACCACCUUCCUAAUCUUGUGUUGGUCCCCGUUUUGCUGCCAAAACAGCCCUGACCCGUCGAGGCAUGGACUCCACUAGACCCCUGAAGGUGUGUUAUAUAUAUAAUGUAUACUGUUUUUUACAAAAACUUUCAGAAGCACAAACAUUUAAUGUUGCUUUGUAUGAAAAAGAACACCUACAGAAUCUAUAAAUAAAGUGUUUACUGUUCUGAGCUUAAAAAA